AUGAAUGGAGAGGUGGAAUCUGAGAAGUACAGUGUAGUAUUGGAAGAACAAAGUGCCUUAGCUGGACCUGUUGUUGAUCCACACGUGACAGCAGUUUGGGGGAAGAAGGUUGCACUGAAAUGCAUAAUUGAUGUGAAUGAAACAAUAACACAAGUGUCUUGGGAAAAGAUAUAUGGUAAAAGUUCACAGACUAUUGCUGUUCAUCACCCUGAAUAUGGAAUAUCUGUUCAAGAAGAAUACCAAGGAAGAGUGGCAUUUAAAAACUACUCACUCACUGAUGCAACAAUCAUCUUAAAAAAUGUAAGCUUUUCUGAUGCAGGAGAAUAUGUUUGCAAGGCAGUUACAUUCCCACUUGGAAAUACACAGUCAUCAACAACUGUAACAGUAUUAGUUGAACCUGUUGUGAGCUUAACGAAAGGACCAAACCCUCUAAUAGAUGGUGCAAAUAGGACAAUAGCAGCCACUUGUACAGCAGCCAUUGGGAAACCUGCUGCACAGAUUGACUGGGAAGGAGGCCUUGGUGAAAUGGAAUCCACCUCUACUUUGUUUCCAAAUGAAACAGUGACAGUUGUAAGCCACUAUGUGAUUGUCCCUACACGAUUUGCAAGAGGAAGACACAUAACGUGCGUUGUGAGGCACCCUGCCUUUGAAAAGGAGAUACGAUACCCUUACGUAUUGGACAUACAGUAUGCCCCAGAAGUUUCAGUAACUGGCUAUGAUGGAAACUGGUUCAUUGGAAGAGGAAAUGUUCAGCUCAAAUGUAAUGCUGAUGCAAAUCCAUUACCUAUGGAGUUUAUGUGGACCAGGUUGGAUGGACAGUGGCCUGAAGGAUUGUUGGCUGUUAACAAUACUCUGCAGUUCAGCAGCCCUUUGACUUACAACUACACUGGGACUUACAUCUGUAAGGUGACUAAUGCCCUUGGUCAGAGAACUGAUCAGAAGACUAUCUACAUUUUAGAUCCUCCUACUACUACCACUCGACUGCCCACGGUUCCCUGGCAUCCUUCGACUGAUGGCACCACAGGUUUAGCAACAGAGCCUAGAAUAAUAAAUUUCCCAACAUCAACCUUGCCAACAAAGCAGGACGACACUUGGGGUAUCGUCGUCGGCUGUGUGGUGGGUGGGGUUCUUUUACUGUUACUUCUUGGUACUCUGGUUGGAGCUGUCUACUAUAAGAGAAGAAAGACGUUCCGCGGUGACUACUUUGCUAAGAGCUACAUUCCACCAUCAGAUAUGCAAAAAGAGUCCCAGAUAGAUGUUCUUCAGUCAGAUGAUAUGGGUUCUUACCCUGGCAGUAUAAAAAAAGAAACAAAGCACCCGAUGAACUUAAUAUCUAAAGAUUAUUUAGAAGAUCCUGGAAAACCUGAGUUGAACAAUAUAGACAAUACUAACAGGUACCAGGACCGUUAUGAAAGACCAAUGGAUUACCAUGAAGGUGGAACAUUUGGAAUGGGUUUCAUGCAUGGUGAAUUUUAUGAGGAUGAUGACUUUGUUUCUCACUUAGAUGGUGCGGUAAUAUCUCGAAGGGAGUGGUAUGUGUAG